AUGACUCGUUUCAAAAUCGCCAAGGUUGCUGAACUUCAGGGACAUGACGAGCGAGCAUGGAACAUUGCCUGGAACCCCGCAAAACCCCUGCUCGCAUCCUGCUCAGCCGAUAAAACUGUGCGAUUGUACCACUACGACCACGCCACAGAUUCGCCGGAUCUCCGGUUCACGCACAACACCACGAUCAGCACGGGGCACACCAAGACUGUACGUGCCGUAGCGUGGUCCCCCUCGGGUCUCAGCUUGGCCACCGCUUCGUUCGACGCGAAUGUGGGGAUAUGGGAGCAGGAAGGCGGCGACGAAGGUGAGGGGCCGAAUGCAGGGGAAUGGGAGUGCUCGAGUCUGCUGGAGGGGCACGAGACAGAAUGCAAGAGCGUCGCAUAUUCGAGUUCGGGCACGCUGUUGGCUAGCUGCAGCAGAGAUAAAACGGUUUGGGUGUGGGAGGUCCAACCUGAUGUGGAUUUCGAAUGCUUGGGCGUGUUGAUGGAGCAUACGCAAGAUGUCAAAUGCGUCGCAUGGCAUCCACACGAGGAGAUCCUGGCGUCUGCCUCUUACGACGAUACAAUAAGACUCUACAUCGACGAUCCCUCGGAUGAUUGGUUCUGCUUUGCGACGCUUAAAGGGCACGAGUCGACGGUUUGGUGCGUAUCGUGGUCCCCGGAUGGCCGAUACCUCGCAUCGUCCUCCGACGACAAGACGGUUCGGAUAUGGAAACGGGUCAAGGAGCACAGCUGGGAGUCGGUGCUCGUCCUUACCGGGCACGAGCGGAGUGUAUAUUCGAUUAGCUGGGGAGUGGGCAAGAGCAACGACGACGCGUCUCUUGGUUGGCUCGCGAGCGCGAGCGGAGACGGACAAGUGAUGGUCUGGGAAUUGACCAAACCUUCGGAUAGCGAUACCGCCCCGAUGUCAUCGACGCCGCCAGGACACUCGAUCAUUGCCAGACUAGAAGCUGCUCACGGCGUGUACGAUGUCAACGCGGUCGCUUGGUGCCCACGACAAGGCUACGAGAAUAUACUCGCCACCGCAGGGGACGAUUGUUCGGUCAGAGUAUGGAAAGUAAUACCGGAAUGA